AUGGCUCAACAACAACAGCCGGCCGUCCAACUCAUCUCCAAAUCCGACUUCACUACCCAACAUGUCGUGCCUGUCUCCCUCCCGACCCCGUUUCCGCCUCUGAGCCCGGGACAAGCCCGCAUUCGCACCCACACUAUCUCUCUGACCACGAACAACUUCACCUACGCCAGGCUCGGCGGCAUCCCCUACCUCGGCUGGUGGGAUGCCUGGCCGAUGCCGCCCUGCUCCUCCCUGCCGGCCCCCUUCAACGAACCCUCCACCCUGGCAGGGUAUUGCCGGGUUCUGGCCUGGGGGUACUCGGCCGUCGUCGAGAGCGCCGUGCCCGGGCUGGAGGUCGGCACGCUUCUGUUCGGCACACAGCCCAUCGGCACGCUGGCCGAGGUCGUCGAGCUGGAGAGCAUUGAAGAUGUUGACGGGCAUUGGAGGGAGGUUAGCGGCCGGAGAAAGCAUCUCAAUAGCGUGUAUAACCGGUACAUUGCCCGCCCUCGUGACGACACGGACAGGGAGGGGAUGGGGUGGGAUGCGCUGAUGAAUGUGUUGUUCCAGUCGGGGUAUAUGCUGAACCGGUCUGUGUUUGCGUGGGAGGAGGGGGUCAAGGCGGUGCAUCCGCUUGGGGACCCAGCGUUGCCUUGGACGGAGGAAGAUGCAGAUCUUACUGGAGCCGUGGUGGUUAUGCUGGCGGCGUCGGGGAAGACGGGGCUCUCUUUUGCGAGGGAGAUGAGGGCUCGCCGGCCGAGGGAGAAGCAGCCUGCUAAAGUCAUCGCGGUUGGGUCUGCCAAAUCGAAGGAGUUUACUGUUGGCACGGGGCUGUUCGACGAGGUGCUGCUCUACAGCGACUUGGAGGACCAGGCAUUUGAUCUGGAGUAUAGGUUGAAAGGGGAUGGUCGGAAGGUCUUGUUGAUGGACUUUGGGGCAAGGGGAGGUGCUGUUGACCAGUGGGCCGAGGCUCUGGAGGCCAAGUCCAAGAACCUGCAGGCGUUGAUUGUUGGAGGGGAUCCCCUAGGAAAAGAGAUCAGUAAAACGGGGAAGCAGACUGAAGACCCCGCGAGCGGCGUCGCCCAGUUCUUCGCAGGGGCAGUCCGGGAUCGCGUUAUCGAGGCUGGCGGCGCCGCGAAAUACUUUGCGGACCAGGAGACUGCAUGGGCAGAGUUCAAGGCAACCAGAACAGUUCCCGGUUUGCAACUCAAGCGGGGAGAAGGCCUAGCCAGCUUCAGCGAAGAUUGGAACAAGGUCGUCAAGGGGGAGUAUGGGACGCAUAUCGGGCUGGUCUACGGAUUUCCUGUCUAA